AUGGUUUGCCCAUCACCCAUUGACCAAUGGGCUUUCAGUCCAUGGGCUAUACAUACGUCGGCGUUUCGGUGCCUAAUCUUACUCAUUUGGAUCGUUCGUUCACAGCUCCUCCUUGGAAUUCUAUUAUCAUUUUUCUGUUCUUCAAUGGCGUCAAUGAAAGUGCUGUGUAGGUUAUCGUCUGGAUUGAAGCCUCUGCCUCUGAAGCUCAACAAGAAAGGGUCCAUCUCAGUCUCAGUUUCAGCUGAUAUAUCACUCAUCAAAUCGACAUCUCACUCUCAGCCCUCUUCUUUCGCUAGAAGCUUUUCUCGAAUUUCACAAUUACCAGUGGAGUUGAGCAGCGUGGAAUCGAUGAUGCCGUUGCACAGUGCGAUAGCCUCAGCUCGCUUGAGAUCAUGCUUGUCGACUGAGUCUCAGCGCUGGGGUUUAAUUCCUCAAGGCAUCUCAUUGCCUUUAUGA